CAAAAAGACACUUAUGAUGUCGGAUUAAAUAACCAACAUUUACGUUAUUUCAGUGACAUUGAUCCCCAGAAAUGCUGGAAAUGUGAUAACCAUUUACGCUCAUAAAGUGAACUUCGACCGUUCUAUUUUGCAAAAUUUGCGGAACACUUUAAUUUUGAGGGAACGACCACGUCAUUCCAGAACUUUAUUGACUGCAUAACUCCAAAGGACAACUUUAAAAAUUUGUCUUCUUCCUUGGCACCGAAGAUCGACGAAGUCAGUGAAAUGUUUUUUAGUCUUCCUCUUCAGCAUCUUGUAUAAAAAUUCAACUGACAUUUCUGACAGCGCUGUAGUUGAAAUGCUAAACGCUAUAUUUUUAAUGUUUCGAUCGUCACGUGCCUCACUGAAGCACAACUAAGUUUCAAGUCCUCUAGCGCCAUGGCUGAAAAGACUAAAAGCGUUCAAUAUUCGACAAUUGCUUGAACUUCAUUCCGUCUAUACAAGGCUCGCAAGGACAGAUAAAAGCAAACACACCUGAACUUGCCAAGAAAAAGAUAAAUAAAACUGAUUUCAGUACUUAUCAAGAAAUUUUAGAAGAGGUUAACGAGAAUAACAUGGGCGUAUUUUGUUGGUAUCGAAAGUAGAAAAAAGUGUCUACUGAGUGUUAUUUACAUACAGGAUGUGCAUAUAAAGGCCGAAAGAACGACACUUGAGGAGGAAAAGAGAAAGAAAGAUAAAAUUGGUCGUUGUUACAUCCUUCAUAGUCUGUUCAUAAGGCUAGGCGUUCAGAUAUUACUGAAUGCAGGCGAAAAAUAUAGCGAGCGAAAAAUGGAUGGGAAAUUGGGAAGUCAUUCUAAACUUUGUUUUCUUUGCUGUUACAGAUUAAAGCCGCAAGAGACAGCCUUUAUAUGCAGACGUGGCAGUAGAAUUAUCUCCGAGGACGAUCACAGAGAUGUGUCUUCAGAAAUUCACUGGCUUCUUCCGGAUAACAUAUGGCUUCAUAUAUUUUCGUAUUUGUCAUUGCGACAAAGAUUUCAAGCCUCAUACACUUGCAGGCGUUGGAACAAUCUUUGCAAAGAUUCAUUAUUUUGGCACGAAGUUGACUUCUCAUUCUGCAGCUCCCAAAGAGUAACAGAUGAUACGGUUAGAGCGGUUACGUCAUACGCUAUAGGAAUACAAAGCAUUGAUUUUUCAGGCGACCAAUGCGAGUCAAUCACUGACAAGGCCAUGGGUCACGUGGCGCGUUUUUGUCAGCGCUUGCAGAAAUUGAACAUAUCCGGAAGAGAAAGAGUUACAAAUCGCGGGCUCACUCUUAUUGCCAGGAACUGCCCCCUUCUGAAAGAGCUGAACGUCGAGAAGUGCGAAGAAAUUAGCGACAAAGGAAUUAAAUCAAUCGCCAAGAAUUGUCGUCGACUUAAGGUCCUUUCACUUGCGUCUUGUAGCAAAAUCAGUGAUAAAGGCGUAAGGUUCAUCGCUAAAAAGUGCACAAAUCUACAAAGCUUGAACAUCGCAGGCUGCGGUGGAGUUUCCGAUACGAGUCUCAUGACUAUUGGUAAACAUUGCCACUCAUUGCGAAAUAUCAACCUCAAAGAAAUCACUGGCAUCAGCUUUUAUGGUAUAGAAAGCCUGGUCAGCGGUAACCCUGGAAUGACGCAUGUGCGUUUAGGGAUCGUGGGGGACGCACAGAACACGAUGAUCGCUUUACAGAUUAUUGUUAAACACUGCCAAAAACUGCAAUUUCUAAGCUUUCAACAUUUCCACAAGACUGGCGUUGUUGCAGGAGGAGUACAGAAGAUGAAUAAGAAAAGGCUUGGUGCUUUCAUCAAUAGCCUAAAUGCAUGUGUUUUUUCAAAUGAGAACAGAUAAAACUAGGAACUGAAAACUGCCAAAAGCGGCAGAAUUAUGAAAGGCAGCUUUGAAACUUCCCUGUCGCAGGGAUAAAUUAAUGAGAAUUAAUUGUGACUCUCUCCUUGGUAAAAAUUGCACGGUAUGGCACAAUUUAGGGGAGAGAAGAUGAAAUUUCAUUUCCCUACAAAGGAACUAUUUUCUAAAUAGCAAAAAAACUUCAUAAUAUUGAAGAAAAAUAACAGGGAAUUUUAAAAAGACAUUAUUUUGUGUUGUCAAUUUUGCAUUUUUCUCAGCUAGGAUGUAAAGAAACUGUUAAUUCAGUCAGAUAUCGGCAACCUGUCACUAGUCUCUGACUAGGCCAUUAGUUUUGAAAUUAAAACAAGGAUGAUAAAUUUAAAUAUCGCCCCAUGUAAGGGAAUCCAGGACAGUCUUGGAUUCUGGAUUACAUGCUGUGGAUUCCGGAUCCCGGGUACUGGAUUCCGGAUUCCAGAUUCCAGCACAGUGGAUUCCGGAUUCCAAAAAGAGGUAGAUUCCAUUUUUUUUCCGGUUUUAAUUCUUUUCUUCGCACUUUGUUUUCGUGUUCGAAUCUUGCCAUAGAGGCAAGGCAUAACAAGUAUGUUUUCUUUUUCGAUUUACAAAAUUACUAGCCUCCCACGCAGACGUUCUUAGGGGUUCGUUACGCGUUCCCGUGACGAACCCCUAAGAACCCCUUUCUGCAUAAAAAGACCAUACAGAUCAUCCUACGCUCCGGGUAUGAAAACGCAGUGAAAUAUUUAUUAUUUAAUCAAUUUUAACCGACGUUCCUAGGAGGGUGUAACUUGUUUUGGCUUGUUUUGGGUCGUUGUGGAUCUUUUGUCGAUUAUUUUUUAUCUUUGUGGAUCGUUUAGGUCGUUUUGUCUCUUUUUGCCUGUUUUCUCGUUUUAUUAGUAACUGGCCAAAUAAAAAUACGCUGUGGCGUGUGCAAUUCAUUCUUUGCAAAUUAAAGUCGUUGGUUCCGUUCACUAAAGAGUAGUUUUCCGUCUCAAUAAAACUUGGAAAACCAAUUUUAAUUUAUCCUUUAAGACGUUUUAAAACUCUCUCUCCGUGUCAAUAAAGACUUUUGAAGAGGGUAAAAAAUUCUCCCGUAGAAGUUGACGCGUACUGGUUUGAGGUUUUAGCGCGCGCAAUGGUAAUGAAAUUCAAACUAACUGUCGCGUUGAAUUUGAUGUUAAAAAGAACACAAACGACAAAAAAAUAGUUGGUUCAUACUGUUGCGGAAUCUUCCACUGCGUUUGGAAUAUCUCCGCGUCCGCUGGUUCAAUAAACAAUCAGGACUGUAUCUUUCUCUUUCUUCGCU